ACACUACUUUGCUUUACUAUCCUGUCUUUUUCAGGAUCCUCCUCUUCUUACUCUACUCUUUCUUUUGACUCUUAAAAGACUGCAUUUUUCUUCAUUUUUUGAAGUUUUGAAUUGCUUAAAACUUGACUUUCUUUCACUUUAUCUUUUUUUUUUUAAUUCAUUCUUACCAAUUUCUGCUAUUUUCUUUGCCAUUGAUACUUGUUGAAGAGCGGGAAAAGAAGCACAAAGAGAUCUGUUUUACUUCAAUAUGCUUCAUUUUUAGGAGUAAAGUUGUUCCUUAGGCACCGUGAUUGAAAGGCCUUGGUAGUAAAAAAUGGAGCAGUAUGAGAUACUAGAACAAAUCGGCAAGGGUGCGUUUGGUUCAGCACUUCUUGUACGACACAAACUCGAAAAAAAGAAGUAUGUCCUGAAGAAGAUCCGACUUGCUCGUCAGACCGACAGAACACGCAGAUCUGCUCACCAAGAGAAAGAGCUGAUUUCUAAAAUAAGGAAUCCUUUCAUAGUAGAGUACAAGGACUCGUGGGUUGAGAAGGGUUGCUAUGUCUGCAUCAUUAUUGGUUACUGUGAAGGAGGUGACAUGGCGGAUGCCAUCAAGAGAGCUAACUGCAUUCACUUCAACGAAGAGAAACUUUGCAAGUGGCUUGUUCAGCUUCUAAUGGCUCUGGAUUACUUACAUAUGAACCACAUUCUGCAUCGAGAUGUCAAGUGCUCAAAUAUAUUUUUGACUAAGGAUCAAGAUAUUCGUCUUGGUGAUUUUGGUCUAGCCAAAUUAUUAACUUCAGAUGAUCUUGCUUCUUCUGUGGUUGGAACUCCUAGUUACAUGUGCCCUGAACUUCUCGCUGAUAUACCGUAUGGCUCAAAGUCUGACAUUUGGUCAUUAGGUUGCUGCAUUUACGAAAUGGCUGCUUUGAGACCCGCCUUUAAGGCUUUUGACAUGCAAUCCCUGAUCAACAAAAUAAAUAAGUCGAUUGUUUCCCCACUUCCUACCAUGUAUACUGGUGGAUUUAGAGGUCUUGUUAAGAGCAUGCUGCGGAAAAACCCUGAUAUCCGGCCGAGUGCCGCUGAACUUCUAAGGCAUCCUCAUCUUCAACCACACGUUUUUAAAAUUAAUCUGAAGUUUGGGAGCCCUAGAAGAAACACAUUACCAAUAUCCUAUUACGAUAACCCAAGGAAAACUAGAUUCCUCGAGGCUGAGGAAACUCCUAAGAUUGUUGACAGAGAGAAUCGGAGAUCGUCAUAUAGUAAUGACCGAACCCAGAACCCUAGCAUAUCCGAGGCUGAAUUGGACUCUCCAUAUUCUAUCAAACCACAUCGGGAAUUUUCUACUUAUCAAAAGUUCACCGAGAUGUCUAUUGGUAGCACCCACAAGGAAAUUGGUGUUGAUAAGCCAGUAGUUUCCAAGGCUUCGACUAUUGCAAAAUCCCCUAGGUUAUCAACACCUGUAAAAGGCUCUACUGCUUUUAGGAGGUUGUCCGCACCCUCUAAGAUCUCGUCUAAUACGUCCAAUCGUACCUCUAUUCCCGUGACACACACUCCAACGACUAAAUAUUCGCGAUCAGCGCGUAGAGUUUCCCUUCCUCUGUCGAUCUCAAGCAACAAGGCGCCAGAUCAUAACACUCGAUAUAAAUCCAAUCUCGGUUUCCUUCACAGUGUUGAAUCUCCCGAUGUAUCUGUCAAUGCACCACACAUUGACAAAAUGACCGAGUUCCCAUUAGCAUCUUCCGAGAGUCCCCAUUACCCUGUAAAUAGAACUUCAUCAACCUCUGCUCAGUGCUCUUCCACAUCCCCAAAUGUCGCUGACCGAUCACUGAUGAAGGACAAGUGUACCGUGCAGACACGUGAAAGGGCCUCGACUAAGCCCAAUUUGGUCAAUGAACAUUCAGAGCAGAAUCAAGUCAGUGGGUUAUCGAGCAAAUCGUCAUCAGAUUCCAGGCAGCGACGGUUUGAUACCACCUCAUAUCAACAACGUGCUGAAGCGUUGGAAGGUUUGCUCGAGUUCAGUGCCCGGCUCUUGCAGCAGGAGAGAUACGAUGAACUUAAUGUGCUUUUGAAGCCUUUCGGCCCUGGAAAGGUGUCUCCAAGAGAAACGGCGAUUUGGUUGGCGAAAAGCAUUAAAGAGACUGGUGCCUAGCUGUGGUACCAAGUUUCUUGCACUACUAGUGCCCUUGUAUAUUGGCUACGGCUAGUUAUGUUAGAUCGUUUGUAUAAGGCGUGAACCGGUUAAUGUAGAUGUUAGGAUCAAAAUUCUUGGUAGGGAUUUUGGUGUUUCUGUCUAAUGUUCGGUUUGAUGAUGCUUCAAGCAGCUUUUCGACUUCGAGUUGCUGUUGCUUUUACUUGUGUAAUCCGCGUGCUAACCAUUGACCAAUAACCAUUGAAAGUGCUAGCAUAAGGUGCUAGGAAGGCACUUGUAUAAUGCGUUUUCCGCUAUUCAAAUCAAAUGUCUUAUCUUAUCA